AUGACAGAUGGGUAUGUAAGCAGCUUUGAUAACUCCACGCUAACGACCUUGGUGUGCGACGCGGGCUGUGAAGCUGCCAUUGCGAAGCUACGUGAUACUGUUUCGACCAACUGUGGUGAAAUAACCGAACUGGUUCCUGGUCUUCCAAUCAUAGGUCUUGUGGACCUGCUUUGGAGCAAUUGGAAUCAGUCCUGCUUUGCUGAUCCCAAUACUGGGGAAAAUUGCAAUGAUGUGAUUGAUGCUUUUCCUGACGUGGAUAUGUCUAAGCUUCCAAAAUCUGACCUGUGCUCGUACUGUAACGUUAAGAAACUGGCCUUGAUGCAGGCUGACGCCUAUACGGAUGCCUACGAUGAUAACUGGCAAUCAACAUAUAAAUAUGUGGCUCAAACCUGUAACAUCUCAGUCAGCAAUUUCGAUUCUACACCGAGUGCGUUCAAUGUGACUGUGCCAUCUUCCACGUCGGAUUGCGUGUCUGGAACUAUAUAUACGACCAAGAAGGGCGACACGUGCGAUUCCAUUGCGUUAGCACAAAGUGUAUCUGCAGCCACGAUGUUCUAUAUUAACCGUAAUAUCCUCAACUGUUCUUCUAUCUGGCCCGAAACCAAUCUCUGCCUUCCACAGAAGUGCGACAGCGUCUAUGUCGUGCAGCCGGAGGACACGUGCAUUGAUAUUGCUGUUGGUGCCGGAAUACGCACUCAAAACCUCAUAGACUACAACUCUCAGCUGACCUGGAACUGCUCAAACCUGCACGCAACCAACCCCUACUGGGGUACGACUCUGUGCGUAUCUGCCCCUGGAGGGACAUACACGGGCCAUGCACCGAACACAUCAACAUCUACCGGGUCUGAAAUUGUCAACCCACCCGCUGGCGCCAAGGUGGCCCCUGGCACCACGACCGACUGUGGGGCGUGGUAUAUAAACGAUGCGGGCCUCACCUGCACUCAAAUCUGUCUCAUGAAUCAGAUUGCCAUCAACCUCUUCACGGAGGCAAAUCCCUCGCUCAACAAGACGACCUGCGAUAAAGACCUGGUCCAAGGGAAUUCUUACUGCGUUAAUCCACUGGAUGGUUGGAACUGGGGAUCCGGGGCUAAUUCCACCACCAUCCCUACACCCACCAUCUCAGCGCCGUCUACUCCACCAGCACCAACCCAGACUGGCAUCCCUGCUAACUGCAAUGCCUUCUACAUUGCUAAGGCUGGUGAUGAUUGUGGGACUGUUGCAGCCAAGUUUGGUAUCACCAAGGGCCAAUUCCAUGAAUGGAACCCAGCUAUUUCAUCGGAUUGUUCAAGUGGAUUCUGGGCCAAGGAGGCGUACUGUGUGGGUGUAUCCGGUACUUCCAGUACACCAAUCACAAGCAUAUCCGCGAGCACACCUACGUCUACCUCACCGUCUACAUUGGUAGUGCCUCCUGCUCCAACGCAAUCAGGUAUUCCUGCAAAUUGCGAUGCAUAUUACGUUGCUCAGGCCGGUGACGACUGUGACACUGUCGCGUCCAAAUUCCAGAUAACAAAGGCUCAGUUCCACGAAUGGAACCCUGCCAUAUCAUCAGACUGUUCUAGUGGCUUCUGGGCCGAGGAGGCAUACUGCGUGGGUGUAUUCGGCACCAGCAGCGCAACAUCCUUACCUACACCCAACCCAGUAUCUACGGGCUCGGUGGUACCACCUGCUCCGACGCAAUCCGGAAUCCCCGAAAACUGCUCCAAGUAUUACAUUGCACAAGAUAAGUUUGGGAUUACCAACGACCAGUUCCAUUUAUGGAACCCGGCAGUCUCAGUAGACUGUGUGAGCGGGUUUAUGGCUGAUGAGGCGUACUGCAUCGCGCUGUCGUAA